AAAUUUGCAGACGAUUAAACCAUCCGCCAUUGUUCGGCCAUUUUUCAUUCGUCGACCGGGAUCAGUCGGAAUCAGAAUCGAUCACUGCAAUUCUCCGAGAAUAUUGUAAUUCUUUCGAUUUUAAAAAAAUUUCGUAACAUCAUAUUCAUCUCAAUAAAUCACAAUUCUAACGUGUUCGAAGCUUCUUGACAAAGCACAUUUCUUCUUUCUAUAUCGCAUUGUAUUAUGGACCUAAACAAACUGAUGGACAAGCCAGAGGCUGGGGCAAUAUCAAAAUCUUCUGUAACACCACAAACUUCGACUAACGUUGAAUUAACUGGUACGAUGGAAGAAACAUCGAACGUGUCGCAGCCGAAAACCCACGGCCAUGUAUGCACCUGUACUUCGAAGCCUGUUUGGCCGGUGGAUCCUGCAUUUGUUGACACUGUCAUUUCGAAAUUGUUACAACUUAAAGUAGUUGAAGAGUACUUCCGCAAAAAUCAACAAUGUCCAUGUUCCACUUUCUCACAAGACCAAUAUUGCAAAACUGAGAACGCCGUAAAGCUAGAAUCGGACCCAACCGAAAUCCCUCUCACGUCUGAAUACGCAGAGAUCCCGAAUAAAAGUGCAAAAAAGAAGAACCCGGGAAAAGCACAAUGGAAUAAGUCGUACCAAAGGCGUUUGGCAAGAAGGCAAGCAGAAAGAGAAGCUCGAGCUCAGCAAAUGUCUCAAGAUGCUUUAGAAAACAAGUCUCUCGUUCCUGGAGAGCAUCAACCUGAUACACCAAUUGUACUGAACUCCGAAACGAACGAGGUCCCGAAUGUAAAGAAGAUGAGGGAGCCGGCAAAUACACAUUGGAAUACAGCUAAACAAAUUGCUUGGAAAGAAGAAAGAGAAGCUCAAGUCCAACAAAUGUCUGAAGCUUCUGGAAGAUACAAGUUUUCCCCUCCCGAAUCCUAUGACAUCGUGACCCUAUUAGAAGACAUUGAUUCACUAUUGGUUCCUGGAGCUGGGGCUUCUUCUUUGUCGAACAUCUCGAUAACGCCGGGAAAUGAUAUUUCAUUUGAUAAGAUACUUAACCCAACUGAUCUAAGCAUACAUGAACAGCACGUCGACUCUAAAAUUCUUACUUCUCUUACGACACUGGGUGAUCCAGCAAUUGAUUCGGAAGUUUGGGAUAAAAGCUUAUGCUUUGACAACCCAAGUCGAAAGAUGAAUGCCAGCCGUCAGAUGCAGCUGUGGAUGCAGCACAAUCGCCAGAAGAACGACGAGUAGCUGAAGAAGAAACAGGAUCCCUAAUUUUCGAGAAAAAAAUGGUAAAAAACACAAGAAAAAAAUUCAUCAAUUGUAUUUCUUCCUUUUU